GGGGAAGCUUUCGCAAGUUUUUCAGUUUCUCUGUCGCGAGAGAAGCACCAGAAAUCCACUACGGAUCAUUGACGAAGCUCAUGCCAGUUUUUCGCGCUUAUUAUUCGUACGAUUUCUUGGAAUUCUUCAAAAAAUUUUACGUUGGAACUUCUGAAAGGUCGAGUUCGACCUGUGCCUAAUUGUGUGACGUCACGGCCAUUGAUCUGAAGCUUUCUCCAGGAGUAGAGUGCAGCGCCAUAUUGGAUUAGUGUUAUGAGGAACGACUGCCGCCCCUGAAUUGACGGUAUCAAUCGUUGUAAAGAGUACUUGGUUGUUGUGUUUGAAUCCGACUUUAAGCAGCAUCGGAAAAAGUUAAUUACGGUUGGCGCAAUUGUCUUCCACUCGUGAACGAUCGCAUCUACGCGUGCAUAGCUGAGGGCGUGUUCUAUUCCUCGUUUUUGUAUGAACUGUUGAACGAGCCGAGAUAACGGUUCGUUCUCCAGGGACAUCUUCAUCUAAAUGAGUGCUCUGGAGCAGAAUGUCUACGCUGCCGGGGUCCCAAGCGAGAGGGGAGAAAGGAAAACUGGGGAAAUUUGCGUCGAUCAACAUUAAUGAUCUCUAUAAAGGGAAAGCUGUCGGAAAUCAGCCGAAAGCCCCAACUCAGAAACAUGGCGGUUUGCAGUCCAUCGGUAAAGCAAUGGUUUCUCGGCGUAUUCCGCCUCCUGUUAACCUUCCCAGCCUGAAGUCUGAGAAUUCUGGAAACGAUCCGCACGUUAAUUUAGUACCUUCUGGAGGUUCAGGAUGGGGUUCGAAAGAAGGUCAAAGUGGUCCGCAACCGAAGCAGGAAGUCGAGAAGCCGGUGAGUUCGUCUGUUGGGGCAAGCAGCACGAGCAAUCAUGGGCGACCAGAUUUCCAACCGGACUGGAGUCAGCCGAGGGAUGCGACGAAGAGCUCGAAAUCCGGAACGAGCGUUGGUUCUUCGGGACCUGCAGGGGCUGCGCUCGCGAACGAAGUGGGAACCAAGGUGCAACCAGGACCGCCGGUUACUUCCCCGUCUUCUCUAGCAGGCGCCGCUGCGUCCUGGACCAACGUGACAUCAACUACAGGCGCACCGUCUCAUUUUGUUCCCCCUUAUCUGCCUCAUCAAACGUCCCACUUUCAGCAAGAAUUUCCAAAACUUGCCAACGCCGGCGAAUCAGAACGCGAUCGGACCGCAUCCGGUGCAAAGGUGUCGCCACGGGAUCAUGGAUUGAGCUUGAGACCGCAGACCGAAGGCAGUUGGAUCCAGGGGGGAAAAAGACCUACGAGUGGAGCAACUGGAACCGGCCAGAUUGGCGCCACAUCCUCUCAAAGCGGUGGUUUGGGUCUCAGCACAGAUGAUGGUAUUGGUGGUCACGGUGGGGUUCGAGCACCCCCUCAGCCUCCGAAUAUGCCUCAGUCUGGGGGUCCUCAUAUGGCGCCUUCGCACGAUUACUCUCGUCAGCAGAUGCCUCAAGGAGCCUUCCUUCCCCCCUAUGCGAAUUACCCACCCGGAAACUAUCAGCAGUCGAAUUACUCCAGCGUUCCACCGAGGAUGCGGAAUCUGUAUGACAACAGGGGGCCCAGAUCAGGAGGUAGGCCUUACGACGAAGAUCGACGAGAUCGCAACGGAAAUCGAGGCAGUGAUCGAGAAAGGGAAGCAUUCGAGCCUAUCAUUAAGAGUGAGGAUCUUUCAAGGAUGAACAAACUACUGAAAGAAUCUCCGGGGCUUUCUUGGGCUUCUGCGGAUGCUCAUAUGGACUACUCGAAGAAACUGAACUUCUCGGACGACGAAGACGAUGAAGUUCCUCAGCGACCUCGCGUGAGUGACCGUGACAAGCAUGAGAACUGGCGAAAGCCGAGUGGAUCGUCGGAAGAUGCUUCUGAACCUGGCCGAAGGCGUCGAAGCAAUUCCUCGCGCUUGAGCGAAUCCCGUGACAAGGACACUCGGAAAGACGAUGAUGAUAAUUAUGACCGUGCACGAAGGAAACCACGCGAGGAAUGGGAAAAAGGUUUUGAUGAACCGAGCGGGAAGGAGCGUGAAUACCAUCCCCAUGACAGACCCGACGAUCCGCGUUGGGAUGGACAAGGAAGACCUCAGCCAAUGUGGAUGCCACCGUUCGAUUACGGGCGACCUGUUACCCAUCCAGGUCCUGUGAAUUAUCCGCAGAAUUACUCUUACGGAAUGGUGUCUCAAACACAGAUGUUUGAACGAGCAAUGGCUGAGGAAAACUGGCGUAGACGAGAGCAGAAGAAUCAGAUUCAGGCAGCCGUUGAGAAAGGAAGAUUACGCAUUGAAGAAGCGAAAAACGACGAGCUUCAUGGUGACAAGAAGGAUGAUUACGAAGACCACAGUGGGGACGUUCGACGGAGCAGUGGGGGUCGUAUGGAUUCUAAAACUAGGUCCACUAUGCCUCCACGUCUUUCCAAACAACAACUUCACCAUCCUGCUGAUGGGCCAUACGGCGAUCAUCACGGUGCAAGGGGACAAAGUGCACGUCAACCUCCCCCGGGUUAUGACCCAAGAGAACGGAAUUGGGCUCCACAUCUGAUUGGACCACCGAUGCGCCGUGGGCGAUCAGACAGCGAGACGUCACCACUGAAUGACGAUCGUUCCCGAGGUCCUUGCGAGUCACCGAGUGACGAAGGGCGUCAGUUUCCAAGAGACAGGUGGUCUCGUUCGGGCGAUGCGAAUUUCGAGGAUCCAAAGAUUUGGAGCAGUCAUGGGCAUCAAACUCAGCCACACGUUCCGGAUCGGGAAGUUGGAGGGCGUCAAAGUGGUCAGCAGCCUCGCGAAGGUUCAGAUCGAGGCAGUAGUGCCGCUUCCAUCAAUGCCGCAAGACGAGAUGCUAGCCAUGCGGAGAACUGGGCUCAGUUCAGUGCGGAGAAGAGGAAGGAUAGAGAUACGGACCGAGAAGCUGAAGCUAUUCCUGAACAUGGGCGAGCACGGAAAGAGUCCGAAGCGUCGCAGAGGAGAAGCGAAGAAAGGGACUUCGAUCAGCGUUCCGUUGUACCGCUGAUGCCGCAGGAUGAGCUGAAAGACCGACGACCUCUGAAGGAAGCUGAACAAACCGCUGUGAAAUCUCGUGAUCAUCCUGGCCAGCCCACGUUGUAUAAAGAGCUGAAGGAAGUCAAGUCGAGCGAUGAGCGUAAAAUAUCUGGUGAUCUCCGACCGACGGCUCACGUGCAACAAGAGAGGAAACAUCAGACCCGUGCCGCAAGUGAUGACAAGCAAGAUGGGCAACCGCCACAUCGUGACGGUGGUCGACGGGAUAGGCGGAAGGACGAAAAUGCCCAGCCGAAGCGAGGUUCCGGCAAGGAGGGUGGCCGCGGAGGUGUGAAAUCUUGGGCUGCUCCGGAACCUGGUGACGAAUCGCUUGAGGCUAAAACUCUGUUGGAUGGUACAAGGCAAGGUUUCCCAGCCCCUAUUACAAAAGCUCGAUUCGAGGAAGAUGAUCGAAAAGGUGGAGGACGUUCUCAGAACUCGAUGGUCACGUUCAGACGAGGUGAUCGUGGAAAGCAGAACCAGUCGACAAGCAAUCAAGGUUCUAUCUCGAGUGCCAGUCACGAUCAGCAGCCCAGAAAGCACGGAGAUGCGCAACCGGGACCCGAUUCGAAGCCGUUCGACAAGUCUGUUCGCGAGGAGAAGGCUUGUAUUUCUUUUACGCUCGUUUUUGGUGGCGAAACUGCGCAGCAGGCGCAGAACCCGUGGAAUAUGCGUGCCAAGCAGUCAAGUAAGAAGGAGCCUGACUCGACUGCAACGGAGAAAAAAUCCUCUUCUGUGCAGCAGGGAGCGCAAUCCGCUCCUCCCCUCCUAAUUAUGCCGCCGGCGAGCAACUGGGCUGAUGACAUGGAAGAACGAGACUCGAGAGUUGCGAAGACUCAACGUGACGAUGACGGUGUGCAUGUAGAAGACGAUGGUGGCACUCGGAUGUCAGGCGAUCGGCGUCGUCCUAAGAAGGAAAACCGUGGGCGUGGAAGCGGUCGUGGUGUGCGUGAUCGUGAACGCGGGGAAGAUCAACAGCGUCGCACCAACGAGCAAGAAGGUGGAGAUGACGCUAGACGUCGACGAAAGGGAGAAGAGGAGGUGCACCGUCUUCGGGGAUCUGGUCGCACCUACAAGGGUGGACGAGAACGCCCCCGUGGUUACGCGCCUUGGCCAACUAGGGGAAAUGGGGAACGAGGCGGUCGAGGAGGACCACCACGAGAGCAAGACGUUUUCUCUACUUCCCGUCGGGAUUGGAAGCCUGGUCCAAAACAGGAAGGUGGGGAUGCAGAUUUAUCAAUUGGACCCUCGAAGAAGUCUGAGGAACAGAGAUCAGACGUACACACCGGGACAGAUGGGACUGGAGUUACACCCGCUGCCCCGGCGCCCGUAGUUGUACCGUCUGACAAACCGAAACCGUUGAUGCAAGACCCCAUCAAUCCCGCAAUGCUCUUCUUUGACGCAGAUCAACUGCGAAAGGCGGGUGCGAGUGCCCGGUCUAUGCGAGACGGGUAUCGCCGCGGAGGCGGUGGUGGAGGCGGCGGCGGAGGCAGUUCGAGAGGCGGACGCGGCGGUGGGGGCCCCGGUCGUGGUGCCGCCAAUUCGCAGCGAAUCGAAGCCAAGAACUACGGACCACCGCCGGACAAGCGUCCUUUUCCAACGAAAGGGAAUGACGCUGGCGGAGAUGCUGGACGCGCGGAUGGCGUUGGUGAAUGUGAGGAAGAUGUAAACGCAUCACGUGCCGGUGCAUUUCCAGGUCGGAGAGACGGCGGACCUCGCGGUGCGGCUAUUUCACAGCCGCCUGGUCCGGGCUUAACCCGGUUCCCCGCUCCUGUCGCUCCCAGAUUUCGGCAAGGUGGGUCUAGAGGACGUGUAAGAGUUAGAGGGCAGCCUCGGGGUGAAGGACCUCCUGGACGAGGGAACAUGGGAGGACGAGGUCAGUCCGUUGGACAGGCUGACGAGAAGGAAGAUGAGGACUGGGAAACUGCUUCUGAGAGCAGCAAGGUUGGGGAUGACCCGCGUAAAACGGAAGGGGGCAACGGUGCGGGUGGAUCAGGUGCUGGUGGCGGUGGUUCUGGUGGUCAGAAAAGUCGACCUUACCCUGGUCCUGGAUAUCGUAAUGGUGCUGCUGGUUCCGGAGGUGGCGCUGGGAACACUGCAGGUCCUCAAAGCGGCCAUCAAGGUGGCGAAGGCGGCGGCAAUAAGCGGCGGGGGCCAAAAAACGGACAGAGUGGGGGCGCCGUUCCAACAGGUGGCCCCCACGUAGCCACGACCAAGGCGAUUGGUGAACGCCGCGGCAGUGACGGAUCUGGUGAUUCGAAGAACUCGUCUCCUGCGCAUCAGGCCCAAUUGGCAGAGAAGCGCGAGAAGGAAAAGCAAGAUUUAUUUCGCGUAUACGACCUCAAUAAUAUUGCAAGCGUUUUCGUGGUAGAUAACCAGCCCGAAAUAACAGAAGAAGAGGCCAUCAACGAUUUCGAAGAGGUGUUGUCCAAACGCGCAGCGAAAGAGCGCACGAAGUUAAGCCAAGAAACUACUGCUGCUGGAGGGGAUUCCGUCAGCAUCGUAACAUGCGCAGGGUCGGGAAAAACGAAGGGCAGCAAAAAAGAUGAGAAGCGUAAGGGUGAGCGUCAUGACAAGCGAUCCAAAGCUCCGCCGCGGAGUUCGAAACACAAGGAGCCAUCCGCCGGGGCUGUUGCGGCGGCUGCUCGUCAUUCUUCUCUGACUAGUGCGCAGAGCCCAGUACCUUCUGGUAGUGACGCUGAUGAUUUGACGGAAGCGAAGGUCAAAGGUAUGAAUCGCCUUCGAGCAUUCAGUCAUCGCGGCGGUGGUGGUGGUAAUGCGGUCGCGGCGGCGGGGGCGACUAAAUUCCCGAAAGAUUUACUGUGUUACAUGGCGAUAGUUGACUCGAAAACCUCGCGUCCUCUGGUUUUGUCGCAUCCUGAACCAGCUCCGCCGCCAUCUGUAAAUGCAUGGGAUCGUCCAUUCCCAAGGAAAGCAUUCACGGAUCCGGUCGGAACUCCAGCGCCGGGUUCGGCCCCGAUUUCUGCUGCUCCGGGAUCAAAUCGUCCUCAGCCAACAGCGAAAGAAUCUGAAGUGAAACCACCUGCUGAAUCUUUGGGCGGCCGCGAAGAUGGACCCAUUGGAACGAUAAUAAUAGAAAAUACCAAGCUGCGAGCAUCAUCCUCGGUUACGAGUCAGGAGAAGGGUAGCGAGAACGGAACCGGGUUCUCCGUGUCGACCAAUGCCCCUGGAAUACCAGGUGUAAAAAAGCCACAGACCAAAAAUCGUCGAUCGCUGGAGGGUGAUGAUGUCUCACGUGCGAAGAGUGUCGCGCAUUCCAGCGCUUUCGGGAAGGAUUCAGACAAUUUAGCGCCGAUGUCACUGGAGUUCUCCUUCGGCGUUGACGCUGAAGCCCAUGUCCAGACCUGCGGAAAAGCUGAGAAGCAUAGUGAAAUGAAGCUUGGUCAGGCGCCUACGUCGGAUGGUGUGGGAACGACGUCGCACGUAUCGAGCACACCAUCAAAUAUGCAGUCCUCGAUUGGGUCGAAGAAUGAACAUCAGUCGCUCUCGCGUGCUUUGCAAAUGGCCCAGUCUCCGAUCUCUCCCUCCACUGCAGACUUGAAUGAGCGAAUCGCGUCUACGAAAAAGGCAAGAAGAUUUGUAGAAUUACUUCGAUUCGUCACGUUUACCGUUUGGGACAUGCCACCCAUGCCGACGGUGUUGGAGCAACCGAUUUUGUCGUCCGAUGAGAAAACAGGAUCGCAAACAUCGGGAUUUGUUUCGCGUUUCGCAGAGCAGUCGGCUUCUUACUCGCCGAACGACGGGGAUCUUCACCGACGUGCUGGAGAAGGACAGGAGAACGUCUCUUAUGGGGCGGAUCUUACAAAUUCAUCGCCAAAAGCGGCUGUUUCUGGAGACCCGUGUGUAGUCGCUGUCUCCAGUGUGGGCAAUGUUGCGCCACCGGUUUCAUCUCAGUUGCAGUCGACUCCUUCAAUUGGAUCUACGAAUGUGUGCAAAGUGAAGCCGCAAAUAGCUUCGCCGUCGACGCAUCAUUUCCAAGGCGGUCCGAUGACUGGGCCGCCUCAGCCGUCGUCGCAACAAGGUCAACAGCAGCAGCAGGCGCAUGAACCCACUGCUCCACCACUGGUUGCGUCACCGCCUGCUGCGCAAAUGCAAAUGCCGCAGCAUCAUCACGCGUACCAACCUCAUAUGCACCAACCUCUCGCGGUGCCCCCUCAACAGCAGCAAGUCUUUAUGUCGUCGCCGACGCCACCGAUGUCGACGGGUGGCCUAGGCUUCCCCAUGAGCUACCGACGCGAUUAUGCCGAGGACAUUACCUUGGAUCGAAUGAUGUACGGGGCGACGUCGCAGUUCACGGCCCUGAGUGCAGUUCCGUCGCCGCCUGCUGUCAUGUUCAAUGCUCAGGGAACGCAGUCGUCGGUGGCGCAACAGGCGGCUGCAGCGCUGUAUCCUUCUGCGUACGGAUAUGAUGGGAAUCCGGGAUUGGGAAGACAAGCGCCGCCGUCUUCAGGAUUUUCUGCCGGAGCAGCAGCAGGACAGGGGCAGCAACAGCAGCACCAGCCGCCGCCACCACCCUUCUUGCACCCGUCAACCGCCGGGGGUCCGCCGCAAUCGUCGUUGCCGAACGACUCCAUAUUUUUCCGUCAGCCGCCUCCCCACCUGCCGCCCCCACCGACCACAAGUCAACAGACUUCCAUGAUAAUGAACUCUCUAAGCCAGCAACAGCAGCAGUUAAAGCAACGCGGACAAGCGCCGCCGCCUCCACCGGCGCACCAGAUGGUUUGGCCGCCUCAAACUACGAUUCCCAACUUCUUCAAUGGUCCCCCUCCGCCCGGUCCACCACCGUCUGGCCCGCCUCAGCAGCAUCCCCAUGCUCAUGCGCCACACCACGGUCCUGGUGUGAACCUCGGAGCGGGUCCUCCAGGUUCCUCAGGCCACCACGCUGGUACGCCGAGUUAUUUUCCUCCACCUCCAGGGCCACCUCCGUCAGUGGGUCCUCCGUCUCAGCCACAAUUUGCUGGCAUGUCAGCUUUCCAACACAUGCAGGCAUUUGGAUUGAGCAAUGCGUUCAGGAAUCAAGGCAUGAACGCCGGUCAGCCAGGAUUGAUGCAGUACAAAGGAGGAGCCGGCGGCAUGGACGUGUUCGACCACAUGUCAGACAGUUUCGGUGGCCCACCGAGCCAUAUGGCGCACAUGCUGAACCAACAGUCUAUGGGAAAAUACGGCGCAAUGGGAGGAGGCGGAAUGGGCGGAAGAAACAAGAACCCAGGCAUGAGCGGGCCUUCCAGUAGCCCUGGACUUCCUGUGGGACAGUCCCAGUUCGCAUCGACCGGACAAGGCCAUUUCGCUCAGGGCCCAAGUGGUCGCAUGCAGGGCCCGCCUCUUCUAAAUGGCGGUCCGUCGUAUUUUAAUACCGGGCGACCGCAGAACAAUCCCGCCCAAUACCAAAUGCAAGGCGGUGGCUCCCACGUACCUCCUUCCUCUUCACCGCUCAUUCAUGGUGGGCAUGGCAAUCAGGGCCCAGGUGGUAACAGGCAUCUUCCCAUGCCUAUCCAGCGGCCGACGCAAACCGUUGGACCCAUGGGUGGCAACAAGGCACCCGGUCACAAAAACGCGUCCAAUUCAGGCCCGCAUGGUCACGGCCACGGACAUCCUGAUCACAAGGAGAAGAAAAACUCCUCUGGCAACACCGGGGUCUCUCAUCACAGAGGCCCGUCGUCCUUUCCCAAACGUAAUCAUGCCCACGUCUAG